CGCCGCCCGCGCGGCCGCCUCCUGGAAGCAGACGCCGUGCGGGCAGCUGGCGGGGACAGGGAAGGAGGAGGCCCCACGCCUGGGGCAGACGGGUGAGGACCUAUCGAACCGGCCGGGAGAGACGCCGGCGCUUCGUCGCGCCUCCCAGGUCCGCUGCCCGCGCCCAGGGCGAGUCCCGAGGGCCGCAGUGAGCUGGUCGGCGGGGCCGCGAGCGGCGCGGGAGGACCGUCUCGGGCUGAGCCGGGGCUUUCCGGCACCUUUCCGGGUAAAUUUCCAGAGCGCCAAGUGUUCGGCUCCGGUUUCUGCCCCUUGGAUUUCGCUCCCGCAUGUGGGCGUCUAAAAGGAAACCAGAAGUGGGCUUAAGUACAUAAAGCAUUCACUGUGCAGAAAAUAACAUUUUGAGAUAAGUGAUAGAGGAAAAUCCAAUACAGAAGUGCACCCUCUUGUGUGCGUAUUGCAUUGUACUACUUCUAUCAUAUUGCCUAGUAAUGAAGCCACCAUUAUGUCCUCAGUCAGUGAAGUGAAUGUUGAUAUCAAAGAUUUCCUAAUGAGCAUUAAUUUGGAGCAGUACCUCUUACGCUUCCGCGAAUUUGGUUUUAAUAAUGUAAAGGACUGUGCAGAAAUAAAUGACAGCGUGCUCCUCAAAGUUGGAAUAUCACCUACAGGACACCGGAGGAGGAUACUUAAACAGUUACAGAUAAUCCUGUCAAAAAUGCAAGAUAUCUCAAUAUAUGCAAAUGUCCAAAAAACAAAGAAGAAUCAUGAGACUUCAGAGGAUCACCACGCUCCAUCUUCUGCUCAGAAUACCUGCCUAGAACUUUCAGAUUCACACAGUGUUCAGACACCCAGCCCAACGCAGUUGGAGACUGUUACAAAAAGUCUUGAUCAAAAUGAAGUUAGUGUGGAAAAUAGCCAGUCUUUUAAAUCAGAUGAUAAACAGACUCUUCCUACAUACAACUUUCCCAUUCCGGAAGAAGAACCACACCUGAAUUCAGAUUCUUUUCAAGAUUCUUUAUUGGGUAGUGAAAUUACUGACGUAGAAUCUUUGACUGCACAAAAGACUAUCGACUGUACAACCGAAGAAGAACAAACAAAAAAAGUUGAUUUGAUCUCAGAAAAUGUGAGCAAGCUUCCUAGUGCAGACCCUGAAUUCCUUUCUUCCCCUGACUGUUCAGUAUCAGAAGCAAAUUCUGGAAAUGGAACUAAUGGUUUAUUAGAAAGCUCACCACCAUCCCCAUUCUUUCAAUUUCAAGGACAAAUGGUUGUAAAUGAUUUGUAUGUUCCGUCAUCGCCAGUCCUAACACCUAUGAGAAGUCGUAGCAAGUUGGUUUCAAGACCAUCUCGAUCUUUUCUGCUAAGACAUCGGCCUGUACCAGAGAUUCCAGGGUCAGCAAAAGGAAUUUCAGGGAGCUAUUUCCGUGAGAGAAGAAAUGUUCCCACCUCAACUGGAAAAUCUAUGACACAACAAAAUACGAAUGAGGAGAAUUCAUCUUCCAUUUUCCCUUAUGGAGAGACCUUUCUCUUCCAGAGACUAGAAAAUUCCAAGAAGAGAUCCAUAAAGAAUGAAUUUUGGACCCAGGAAGAUACACUCAAAGGGGAAACAACUACUGAAAGAAACUCAUUUUUUGUCAAAUCAAGCAUAUAUGAUAACAGGAUGGAGAACGUAAGUGAAAACAAAGUAGAAGAUAUUUGGAUACCUCGAGAGGACAAAAACAAUCUUCCUAUAGACUCUGCUUCGGAAUCAGAAUAUUCAACAGUAGAAGAAUGCUUUCACAGUUUAAGAAGAAAACAUUCAAAGCCAUAUAAAUCUAGGACUCAAAAAGCAGUGAAUUUUGUCCCUGUUAAUAGGCACAGUUAUCCACUAAGCUCAACAAGUGGAAAGGCUGAUUCAUCAAUCAUUUCCUCAAAUGUAAUAUCUCCCUAUGCCUGUUUUUAUGGAUCAUCUGCAAGAAAGGUUAAAUCAGGAUGGCUUGACAAACUCUGUCCCCAAGGAAAACGCAUGUUUCAGAAGAGAUGGGUGAAAUUUGAUGGCCUUAGCAUUUCUUAUUACAAUAACGAUAAGGAGAAGUAUUCAAAAGGAAUAAUUCCCCUUUCUGCUAUAUCUACGGUACGAGUUCAAGGAGACAACAAAUUUGAAGUUGUUACAACACAAAGAACUUUUGUUUUUAGAGUAGAAAAAGAAGAGGAGAGAAAUGACUGGAUCAGCAUCCUGUUAAAUGCACUGAAGUUACAGGCCCUUUCCUCACAGUCUCAAGGAGCUGUUGCACCUGAGAAAUGUGGAUAUCUUGAACUGAGAGGCUAUAAAGCUAAAAUUUUUACUGUGUUAAGUGGAAACAGUGUGUGGCUUUGCAAAAAUGAACAGGAUUUUAAGAGUGGACUUGGUAUUACCAUAAUUCCUAUGAAUGUAGCAAAUGUAAAACAAGUGGACCGAACUGUGAAACAGUCUUUUGAAAUAAUCACUCCCUAUAGGAGUUUUAGCUUUACAGCCGAGUCUGAAAAAGAGAAACAAGAGUGGAUUGAAGCUGUGCAGCAAUCGAUAGCAGAAACUCUCUCUGAUUAUGAAGUAGCUGAGAAGAUUUGGUUCAAUGAGUCCAACAGGAGCUGUGCAGAUUGUAAAGCCCCAAAUCCUGACUGGGCAUCCAUCAAUCUCUGUGUUGUCAUCUGUAAGAAGUGUGCAGGGCAACAUAGAUCUUUAGGACCAAAAGAUUCCAAGGUUAGAAGUCUGAAAAUGGAUGCCAGCAUUUGGAGCAAUGAACUCAUUGAGCUUUUUAUUGUCAUUGGAAACAAAAGAGCUAAUGACUUUUGGGCUGGUAGUCUUCAAAAAGAUGAAGAAUUACACAUGGACUCUCCAGUAGAAAAGAGAAAAAACUUUAUCACUCAGAAAUACAAAGAAGGAAGAUUCAGAAAAACCCUUUGGGCAUCUCUUACCAAGGAAGAAUUAAAUAAGGCUCUGUGUGCUGCUGUGGUGAAACCAGAUGUUCUGGAAACAAUGGCUUUGCUGUUCAGUGGAGCAGAUGUCAUGUGUGCAACAGGUGACCCUGAGCAUAGCACCCCUUAUCUGCUGGCCAAGAAGGCGGGGCAGAGUCUGCAAAUGGAAUUUCUCUACCAUAACAAAUUCUCAGAUUUCCCUCAACAUGACAUACAUGCUGAAGGUGGAUUAAGUCAAGAGUCCUCCCAGUCGACGUUCCUCUGUGACUUUUUGUAUCAGGCUCCUGCUGCAGCUUCUAAACUCUCUUCAGAAAAAAAACUCCUUGAAGAGACAAAUAAAAAGUGGUGUGUUCUGGAAGGAGGCUUCUUGAGUUACUAUGAAAAUGAUAAGUCUACCACGCCUAAUGGCACCAUUAAUAUCAAUGAAGUUAUAUGCCUGGCUGUACACAAAGAAGACUUCUGUUUAAAUACUGGGCCCAUCUUUACCUUCGAGAUCUAUUUACCCUCAGAACGUGCAUUUUUAUUUGGAGCUGAAACAUCUCAAGCUCAAAGAAAAUGGACAGAAGCAAUAGCCAAGCAUUUUGUUCCCUUUGUUGCUGAAAACUUAACAGAAGCUGACUAUGAUUUGAUUGGUCAACUCUACUACAAAGACUGCCAUGCCCUGGAUCAGUGGAGAAAAGGCUGGUUUGCUAUGGACAAAUCUAGUUUGCGUUUUUGCCUUCAAAUGCAAGAAGGUCAGGAGGAUAGAAUGCACUUAAGAAGACUGCAAGAACUAACAAUUAGCACAGUACUUCAAAAUGGGGAAAAAUUGGAUGUCUUGCUCUUGGUAGAAAAAGGGAGAACAUUAUACAUCCAUGGGCAUACCAAGUUGGAUUUCACAGUCUGGCAUACUGCAAUUGCAAAAGCAGCAGGUACAGAUGGGAAUGCAUUACAAGAUCAGCAGCUCAGCAAAAAUGACGUUCCCAUUAUUGUGAACAGCUGUAUAGCAUUUGUUACACAGUAUGGUUUAGGGUGCAAAUAUAUCUAUCAAAAGAAUGGUGAUCCUUUACAUGUAAGUGAACUCCUGGAGAGUUUCAAAAAGGAUGCAAGAAGCUUUAAAUUGAUGGCUGGAAAACAUCAGCUUGAAGAUGUGACGGGCGUAUUGAAGAGAUUUCUCUCUGACAUUGACGACGCACUUCUUACUAAGGAGCUCUAUCCAUAUUGGAUCUCUGCCUUAGAUACCCAAGAUGACAAGGAAAGAAUUAAAAAAUAUGGAGCAUUUAUACGUACUCUUCCUGGGGUCAACAGAGCAACAUUGGCAGCUAUAAUUGAACACCUUUAUAGGGUUCAGAAAUGCUCAGAAAUCAAUCACAUGAACGCCCACAAUUUGGCCUUGGUUUUUUCCUCCUGUUUGUUUCAAACUAAGGGACAAACUAGUGAAGAAGUGAAUGUAAUUGAGGACUUAAUUAAUAAUUAUGUUGAAAUAUUUGAGGUUAAAGAAGACCAAGUCAAACAAAUGGACAUAGAAAAUAGCUUUAUUACCAAGUGGAAAGACACUCAAGUUUCCCAGGCCGGAGAUUUGUUAAUUGAAGUAUAUGUAGAAAGGAAGGAACCUGACUGCAGUAUUAUAAUUCGGAUAUCUCCCGUGAUGGAAGCAGAAGAAUUAACUAAUGACAUAUUAGCAAUAAAAAAUAUAAUUCCUACAAAAGAUGAUAUCUGGGCCACAUUUGAAGUCAUAGAAAAUGAAGAGCUUGAGCGCCCUCUUCACUACACAGAAAAUGUGUUGGAACAGGUGCUUCGGUGGAGUUCAUUAGCUGAACCUGGAUCUGCUUAUCUUGUGGUGAAGAGAUUCUUGACCAUUGACACAGUUAAACACUAUAAUGAGAGGAAGGCCCUGGAAAGUAUCAAAGAGGGAGUCUUGAAAAUCAAAGAAGAACCAUCUAAAAUACUCUCUGGAAAUAAGUUUCAAGACCGGUAUUUUGUUUUACGAGAUGGGUAUCUCUUUCUUUACAAGGAUAUGAAGAGUAGUAAACCUGACAAAAUAUUUUCUCUCAGUUCAAUGAAGUUUUAUCUUGGAGUAAAAAAGAAGAUGAAGCCUCCAACAAGUUGGGGAUUGACGGCAUAUUCUGAAAAACAUCUCUGGCACCUGUGUUGUGAUAGUUCACAAACUCAGAUGGAGUGGAUGGCCAACAUCUUUAUCGCCCAGCAUGAAAGUGAUAUAUGGCCACCAGCUGGAAAGGAACGAAAACGUUCUAUAACCAAAACUCCCAAAAUUGGAGGUUUGCCUCUAAUUCCCAUCCAGCAUGAGAAAAAUGCAACCCAAGCCUGGAGAGAUAUUGAGAGUGCAAAAGCAGAACUCGAAAGGCUACGGCUCAGUGCAAAGCGUGACCAAGAGCCUGGGGAUGGCACCUUAAGGGAGAGAGCCUCCAUCGUGGCCCAGUGCCUGGAGCACAAGGAUGAGAAACUUCGAAAUCGAACCAGAAAACAUUGGAGUUUCAACUGUCUGGAGGACACAGAGGCUGAGGUCCUUCAAGGGCAACAGAAAGGCCAGAAAGGCCUGAAGACAUUGAGGAAGACUGAGGACAGGAAUGGCAAAGCUACUUUGGACUCUAAUAAUAAGUUACCACCAAAGGUCAUCGAAGAGCUUAGUGUGGUUCUACAGCGGGCAAGAACCCUUCCAAAAGAGUCACAGCCUGAGUAGAUGGUGUAAAAAUAAAUAAAAUGACUUGUCUUGCAAAUUAUUUUUUUAAA